AUGGCAAUCACCGGUGACGAGCUCGGAAUUACUCUUUCUCCGGGAAAGCCAGCCGUCAAACUCUCCUCCGGAGGAUGGAAAUCGGCAAGGCUCAUCAUCUUUGUAGUAAUGGCGGAGCAUUUCGCAUAUUACGGGAUAUCGUCGAACCUCAUAACGUACCUGACGGGACCAUUGGGACAGUCAACGGCUGAAGCUGCGGCAAAUAUCAACGCAUGGAAAGGAACGAUGUCGUUUCUGCCGGUUCUCUGGGGAUUAUUGGCUGACUCGUUUCUUGGCCGUUUCCGUACCAUCCUAAUCGCAUCUGCUCUGUAUAUCUUGGGACUUGGGUUGCUGUCGUUUUCAGCAAUGAUUCCUUUUCGCUCCAAAGAUGAGAAUCAACUCCAAGUAACACUCUUCUUCUGCGCUCUGUAUCUAAUAGCACUAGGACAUGACGGUUACAAACCUUGUAUUAAGGUAUUUGGAGCUGACCAGUUCGAUGGAAAUGAUCUAACAGAGGCAACAGACAAGAGUUCUUACUUUAACUGGUUGUCUUUUGGAAGCUGUGCUAGCAUAUUGACAACUUUUGUGGUCUCUAACCACAUCCAAGAAAAUCUAAGUUGGUCCUUAGGGUUUGGUGUUCCAAGUGGUUUCAUGCUACUUUCUCUGUUUCUCUUCCUCCUUGGAAUUAAGAGCUAUCGUUUUAGCAAUGCAAGAGUAGGAAGUAAAAACCCUUUCGCCAGAAUCGGUCGUGUUUUCGUGGAGGCCGUGAAGAACAGAAGAAAACCCUAUUUAGAUGAAUAUAACCCUAACGAAACCCUCCUUCUUCUGCCUCACCAAGAUUCGAAGCAAUUUAGAUUUCUUGACAGAGCAGCCAUUUCGUGUGAUUUGGUUGAAAUUGAAGAAGCAAAAGCAGUUCUUCGACUUGUUCCCAUAUGGAUGACUUCCUUAGUCUACGCCAUUGUAUCUGCACAAUCCAAUACUUUUUUCACAAAGCAAGGAGCCAAAAUGGAGAGGUCAAUCUCACCAGGAGUCUUAGUCCCUUCAGCGACACUCCAAGGCUUCGAACCCCUAACAAUGUUCGUUUUCAUCCCAAUCUACGACCGACUACUCAUCCCAAUCACAAGAUCCUUCACUCAAAACCCAUUAGGAAUCACAGUGCUUCAAAGGAUUGGCACAGGGUUUUUCCUCUACAUUCUGGCUAUGGUAGUAGCUGCCUUGGUCGAGACGGAAAGGCUCCAGACCGCUCGGGAUGACACAAUACUGAUGAGCGUGUGGUGGUUGGUUCCGCAGUACGUUAUCUAUGGAGUCGCGGACGUGUUCAUAAUGGUGGGUUUGCAAGUGUUCUUCUACGACCAAGUUCCUAGUGAGCUUAGGACCAUUGGUAUGGCUCUGAACCUAAGCAUAUAUGGGGUUGGAAACUUCUUAAGCAGCUUCACGAUAUCAGUCAUUGAUAGAGUCACAAGCCAGUAUGGUCAAACGAGCUGGUUUGAUAAUGACUUGAACAAGGCUCAUCUAGAUUACUUCUAUUGGCUUCUGGCUUGUCUCAGCACCAUUAGUUUUGGCUUGUACUUGUGGUUCGCCAAAUCGUAUGUCUACUAUAGACCAACCACUUUUUAA